UUAUUUACAAACACAUAUCCGAUAAGUGUUGCUGCAUUGCCUUAGACAAUGGAUGACGAAGAUGUAGAAAUACUUCAGAAUAUUUCUGAUCACUAUGAUAAUGAAUUCCAGGUGUUGCAACAACAAGUAGGAGUACUGCAAGAUACAGCAAACCAGAACGAUGAAAGAUAUACCAGGGCCAAAGCAGAUAAUGCUUCCCUUCAGGCCAGGGUACUUAUGCUGGAAGAGCAAAUAAGAGAAACGGAAUUGAGAUAUGAAGAGAAAUUACAGGUUAAAACGGGAGUACGAAGCUCAAGUCCAAUUAUCUGAAGAACUUUUGGUAGAAAUAGAACAACUUCGGGCAGAAGCCCGUACACCUGCAUUGCCGACUACAUCUCCAGAAACUCUCAGAUUGGAGGAAUUACAUGAAGAGAUUUCUUCAUUACGAACAGAAAAUUCACAACUGAAGGAAACAACUGAUGAUCUCCAAGCAACUCUUCUUCAUGCCAGACUAGAGAGCAACAAAAUUCUCAAUAUGGGAGAAACGAGUUUAGCUGCAGAAUUUGAGGUUAUGUCACAUGAUGAGGUUCAUCAAGCUCUGAGAGAACAGCAAGAAGUGAACAGGCAACUUCGAACAUACAUUGAAGGCAUUUUACUCAAUAUUGUAGAAAAUCAUCCACAGCUGCUUGAAGUGAAACAUAGGCCUGUUUGAGCCCUGGAAUAUUUUGUGAAUUUCAAAUUUAAACAAAAUGGUUGAUAUAUAAAGCGAAACUGUGGUCUAGAGGUUUGACAAAAAUUGCUUCUUUAUAAUGUUCCAACCAAAAGUGCAAUAUAUACAAUGAACAAUAUUGUUCCUUUUGAAAAAUAUUCAUUGAAAAUUAACUUUGAAAUCU